UGGAAUUCUAUUACGACCUAACCAAAACCCAAAUGGACCGAGCAGAGAGUAGUGGGGAAAGUCAAUUUCUCAAUUUCUCAAUUUCUCAACUGCAAGUCUUGCACUACAACUCCCUACGCCUUACUACUACCAUAAAGAAUAUGAGCAUUUAAUGUCCCACAAAAAUAACAGCUGUUUCAUCGCGGGUUUACAAAUCACCCCAUUUCCCACUUUUCUUCUCCAAAUCUCACAAUUCUUGUGGAAACCCUUGGCAUUAAAUUGAGGUUUUGGGAGCGGAAUUGAAAUUUAUGAAGAAAGCUGGUGGGUGCAGAGAUGGUGCAGAUGCUGAGGAGUCGAUCGACUACAGAUUCCGAAGGGGAACUGAGUGUUGGUGAGGUUCGCGUAAAUGGGCUUUGUAUGAAAACUACUGAAGUCGAGGCCAAACUCGACGAGGGAAAUAUUGAAGAGGCUGAAUCUUCACUAAGGGAGGGGCUAUCACUCAAUUUUGAGGAAGCAAGAGCUCUUCUUGGGAGGUUGGAGUAUCAAAGAGGCAAUGUGGAAGGCGCUCUUCGUGUUUUUGAUGGUAUUGAUCUUCAAGCUGCUAUACAGCGGUUGCAACCUUCUUUUUCUGAAAGGUUACAUCCUAGGAAGGGACGCUCUCGCAUUGAAUCACUUAUCACAGUCUCACAGCAUGCCGCUGGCCUAGUGCUGGAAGCAAUAUACUUGAAGGCCAAGUCUCUUCAAAAGCUUGGACGGUUAACUGAGGCUGCUCAUGAAUGUAAAAGUGUGCUUGAUGCUGUGGAGAGGAUAUUCCAUCAUGGCAUACCCAAUGUGCAAGUGGACAGUAAGUUGCAAGAGACAGUAAGCCAAGCUGUAGAGCUGUUUCCAGAGCUUUGGAAGCAGGCUGGUUGCUAUCAUGAAGCGAUGUCUGCUUAUAGACGUGCACUGCUAAGUCAAUGGAAUCUUGAUAACGACUGCUGUGCAAGGAUUCAAAAAGGGUUUGCAGUGUUCUUGCUCUACAGUGGAGUAGAGGCUGCACCACCCAGUUUAGCUGUUCAGAUGGAUGGUUCAUAUGUGCCAAGAAAUAAUCUGGAGGAGGCAAUCCUACUUUUGAUGAUUCUUAUGAAAAAAAUUUACCUUGGUAAGACCAAAUGGGAUCCAUCAGUUAUGGAGCACCUUACAUUUGCACUCUCUCUGUGCAGCCAAACCUCUGUUUUAGCAAAGCAACUUGAGGAGGUCAUGCCUGGGGUAUUUCAUCGUGUUGACCGCUGGAUAACAUUGGCUCUUUGUUACAGUGGAGCUGGACAAAAUAGUACUUCCCUGAAUCUGUUAAGGAAGUCCCUACACAAACAUGAAAGACCAGAUGACCUCAUGGCAUUGUUAUUGGCUGCCAAGAUUUGCAGUGAGGAUUCCCUUCUUGCAGCUGAAGGAGUGGGUUAUGCUCAGAGAGCAAUCAGUAAUACUCAGGGAACAGAUCACCAUUUUAAGGGUGUGGGUCUUCGCAUGUUGGGUCUUUGUCUAGCAAAACAGUCAAAAGCUUCUUUAUCAGAUGCUGAGAGGGCCCGUCUUCAGUCUGAAGCAUUGAAGAAAUUGAAUGAGGCAGUUCCUUUUGAGCGUGACAAUUUAGAUUUGAUUUUUGAGUUGGGAGUUCAAUAUGCAGAGCACCGGAAUUUGAAUGUUGCCUUGCGUUAUGCAAAGCGGUUCAUUGAUGCAACAGGUGGGUCCAUAUCGAAAGGUUGGAGAUUGCUUGUUAUGAUUUUGUCUGCUCAACAAAGAUUUUCAGAGGCUGAAGCAGUAACUGAUGCUGCUUUGAAUGUGACUACAAAAUGGGAGCAAGGACCACUACUUAGACUGAAAGCAAAAUUGAAGAUCUCUGAGUCAUUACCCAUGGAUGCUAUUGAAACUUUUUGUUCCCUCCUUGCAUUGGCUCAAGCCCAAAGGAAAUCGCUUGGUCCUCGCCCAAGUGUUCAUCAGGUUGAUGAUGAUAGAGUCAAUGAAUUUGAAGUCUGGUAUGGCGUUGCGACUUUAUACUCAAGCCUUUCACAUUGGAGGGAUGCAGAGAUAUGCUUGGGAAAAGCUAGAGAGUUGAAAGAAUACUCAGUGGAAUUACUGCAUGCAGAAGGUGUUAAGUUUGAAGGUCAUGGACAAAUCCAAGAAGCUUUGGCUGCUUAUAUCAAUGCCCUUUUACUAGAUCCGGGUUAUGUGCCUUGCAAGAUCUUGAUUGGUGCUCUGUUGUUGAAGAAGGGCUCGAAGGCAUUUCCUGUUGUGAGAAGCCUACUUUCAGAUGCAUUGAGGAUAGAGCCUACCAACCGAAUGGCUUGGUAUUACCUGGGAAUGGCUCACAGAGACGAUGGACGAAUAGCUGAUGCUAUAGACUGCUUCCAAGCAGCCUCCAUUCUUGAAGAAUCCGAUCCCAUUGAAAGCUUCAGCUCCAUUCUUUGACUAAUCAUCAUCUUCCAAAUACCGUUGUCUAUCCAUCACCAAAAUAGCAGGCAUACUCGGAGAGCUAAUGUACUGAAGGGUUUCAAAAUUGUGUUCCAUUUGCUAUUUUCUUAAAAUAUAUAGUUAGUUCAUCUGUCACGUAUCCAUCUGAUCAUCAUAAGGAUGGACCAAAGAAAUGAUAGCAGAACUGAGUUACUGGUUUUGAGAUUUAGAAAAAUAAGAAGAAAAGAAUGAAAGGGGAGUCUUAUUCAUCCGAUUUGAUUGUAGAAUGCUUGAGUCAUAGAGGCUUAGACUGGUGGAAGUCUGUAAAUGUACCCAUUGUUCUGGUUAUCUUGCUGCUGUUUUAGUUUAUAUCAUUUUCAACUGAGCAUUACAGUUGAAACUUAAGAGUAUUGUUUAUGUUCUUUCAGAUGUAUCAAUGGAAUACAGCUUUACUUGAUUUCCUUGUAUAAAAGGCACCAUUUCCUAUAUCAUAAAGUUCCCUUCCUUUC